AUGGCUGGUAAAAUUGCUAUUUGCACGUUAUUGUAUUCACAGGACUAUUUACCUGGUGCAUUGACUUUAGCGUAUCAGUUACAAAGACUCCUGAAGAAGGCUGUAGUAGAAUUUGAAAUCACCGUAUGUCUACUCGUAACAAGAGGUUUGUUCGAUGGCUUUUGUACCCAGGAAGUAACUUUGAUAAGGAGCCUCUUUAAGGAAAUCAUUAUCAUUGAACCGCUAAAAGAUCAGGAGAAGUGCGUGAAGAACAAUAAGGCAAAUCUUGAGCUAUUGAAAAGACCUGAGCUAUCUCAUACUUUACUUAAAGCCAGACUAUGGGAAUUGGUGCAGUUCGAUAAGGUUUUGUUUUUGGAUGCAGAUACUUUGCCACUAGACAAAGAGUUUUUUAAAAUCCUGCAAUUAUAUCCGGAACAAACAAGGUUCCAGAUUGCUGCUGCCCCAGAUAUUGGAUGGCCUGACAUGUUCAAUACCGGAGUACUGCUUUUGGUUCCAGAUUUGGAAAUGGCAAGGAGUUUACAAGAUUUUUUGAUGAAAACCGUAUCAAUUGAUGGUGCUGAUCAAGGAAUCUUCAAUCAAUUUUUCAAUCCUAUUUGCAAUUAUAGUAAAGAAAUUUUGCACAAGAUAUCCCCUCUUAUGGAGUGGAUACGUCUUCCCUUUAUUUACAACGUAACCAUGCCUAAUUACGGAUACCAAUCUUCACCCGCCAUAUUUUUUUUCCAACAGCACAUCAAACUCAUUCAUUUCAUUGGAACGUCCAAGCCAUGGUCACAUACUACUAUUGACUACGAGAAUGGCUAUUUCCAACAGUGGAGAUCUACACAGUGUGAUCUUUACAAUGAAUACCACUUAGGGGACCACUUCUCCCACUUGCAACUGGGCAAUAUCGAAACGGACACAAAUUUUCACCACGAAUCUCCUUGUCUCAGAACAUUGUUAAAUCAAAGUACAAGGGAAAAUAAAAACCAGGUUAAUCUCGAAGUUAUCCAAACAAAACGUAUCGUUUCCUCAAAGAAAGAUACAGCAAAAGGUAAUCUUGAAACCCCAAUUUCUGAACCGCAAUCUGCCUUUAAAUUUGACUGGGAAACCACAAACUAUUUAGACCGCGUCCAAAGAGCAUUUCCAAGGUCCGACACUUGA